GCGCAAGGCUGAGUUGCACCAAGAAGCCGCGGAGCAGGAGGAGCUCCUCCAGCAAGCUGCGGAAGCUUCGGAGCGCCAUCGUGCGGCUGCUGCGCAGCUGUCGGAGGAGCUAAGGCAGGCGCAGAAGCCGCCUGAUGCUGCAGCCAUUGCCGCGGCCGUUGAGGAUGCGACUGGUCCACUCCGAUAUCAGCUCCAGUCCCUGCUGAGUGAGGUCGCCACGCUGCAGCGCCGCUUCGCCACGGAAGCAGCGUCCUCCGAGGAAGCCUCCCGCGAGUCCGAGCACGUGCGCCUCGCCUCUGCCGAGGCUGCCGCGGCCGAGGAAACCCUUGCGCUGGAGGGGGAGGUUCGAGAAGCCCGCGCCCACGUGGUUGCCGCAGAGUUUGCCGAGGAGUCCGCAACUCGAGCCGCGCAGCAGAGGACUGACAUGCUGCGACGGCGCUGUGCCCAGAGCCAUGCUGAGCUGGCGGCUGCACAGCAGGACAAGCGCAGGAUGGAGGCGGAGUAUGAAUCUGUGGCAAAGCAGGAGCAGCUCAGCUUUCGCGCGCUUGAGCAGGCCGAGCAGCGCCUACAAGACGCAGAGGAGAACCAGACAUCUGAGCUCCAAGCAAUCCGCGCACGACGCGAAGAGGCAGAGAGGCGCCACAGCUCGGGGCUUCGCGAACUGCGCAGUGAAAGCCGCGCCGCCACGGCGGAGGAGCGGAGUUUGCUGCAGCAGUCCAUCAGCAGCAUCGCUAAUGUGGGGGAAGAUGCAGACGCGAGUGUCUUGAGACAUGCGUCUCCUGAGGGCGACACUGCACCUGAGAGGACAACCGCGCCGUAG